AUGUUUUUUGUUCGUAAUGUACGGGGCCUGAAUGGCCGGAACAAACGCUUUUGGCUACGCAAGUGGAUUUUGGACAAUAAACUCCUUGUUGGAGGUUUAUUAGAAACGCACAUAAAAAAAGACAAUGAGCAUAGGAUCAAGGCAGCUCUUCCUGCGGACUGGUACUAUCACUGCAACCACGACGCAGAUAUUUCGGGACGUAUCUGGAUUGUAUGGCACCCGUCGGUGAAAGUAAUUGUGUAUGAAUCCAACAUACAGACACUCACAUGCGGUAUUGAGAUCCCUCUGCAUGAAAUCCGCUUCACAGCAACACUAGUGUAUGGGAAGAAUUCGGCGCACGAACGUUCUUCUCUAUGGCAGAAUCUAAAGAAUUUGGCAGAUUAUCCACCUCUCGGACAAUCUCCUUGGUUGGUUGUCGGAGACUUCAAUCAACCGCUAUUCCCGACUGAAAGAUCGGAUUUUCUGAACAAUAAUAUACCAUCACAAGGAAUGGAAGCCAUGGAAGAAGCUAUCUCUCACGCAGGACUGUCGGAUAUAGAAAGCAGAGGGCUCUUAUUCACAUGGUUUAAUAACCAAUCCGCCAACCCUCUAGCUGUCAAACUAGAUCGAGCGAUGGGCAAUGCACCUUGGCAUAUCGAGUUUCAAGAGGUGUAUGUGGAAUUCAAAGAACCGGGAAUGUCGGACCACGCAGCAUGCCAAUUUUUCUUCCCAUCUCCCAUCCGUCAGGUCAUCAAGAACAAUUGGAUGGGCUCAUCAGUGCCUGGAACGAUGCAAUAUCGACUAUGCCGCAGUCUCAAGGGGCUGAAGCAACCGUUAAGACAAUUAAACGCGGAGCAAUUCAGCAAUAUAUCUCUUCGCACGAAGCAGGAACAUCUAAAAUUAAAAGGGAUUCAACACCAGCUAUAUUCUGCUCCAAAUGAGCAGCUAGUGGAGGCAGAGAAACUGCAAAGAAAGAAGUGGGUAGAGCUGGCCAAUGCUGAAGAGAUAUUUUUCAUGCAGAAAUCCCGCAUCCGAUGGUUGCAAGCGGGAGAUCGAAACACGACUUUUUUCCAUAAGGUUGCAAAAGCGCGAGUGGCUAAGAAUCAUAUUCACUACUUGAUUGAUCAGCAAGGGAAUCGAAUAGACCAGCCAGAAGAAAUAAAAAACCAUGCGGUGGAAUAUUUUCAGGAUCUUAUCGGUAAGCCAGACGAGACAGUGUCAGUGACAGCAGAAUCUGGAAUUGUUGAACUAUUCAAUCUAGAAGGAAACCUGUCCACCAAUACUUUGUGUACUUCCAUUCCGACAGCUGAGGAAAUUAAAUCAACCUUGCUAGCAAUGCCAAACAAGAAAGCCCCAGGACCAGAUGGAUUCGGGAAAGAG